GCCUCCGUUUUUGGUCGCUCUUUGUUUUUGUCAGUGAAUCUUAGAAUCUCGCCGACAUUUUACCCAGUUAAACAGCAUCAGAGCUGACGUGGUGGCUACGUGAGCAGCUCUUCAGGUCCUCCACUCCUACCGUAAUCAGUGACGAGGCCUACUACGUAAAAAACAUCGUCCAAUGACCAUGGAAACUGUUGUUGACUCUCAGAGGGACGGAGGGGUGAAUGAUGCCGUGAGUGAAGGGGAACCAAUUAAGCUAAAGAAUCAGUCUUCCCACUCGCCAUCGUCAACUGCUGCACAGGUGUCAGUAGCAGGCUCUCCAACUGUAACUGUGGUUCAGUUGCCGAGUGGACAAACAGUUCAUGUUCAGGGUGUCAUCCAGGCCCCCCAAGCAUCAGUUAUUCAGUCUCCACAAAUACAAACUGUUCAGGUGGCUGCACUUGCACAGGCAGAAGAUACAGAACCUGCAGUUGGUGUCAGUGACUCUCAGAAAAGAAGGGAAAUUCUUUCAAGACGUCCUUCUUACAGAAAAAUCUUUAAUGAACUGUCUUCUGACACACCUGCAGUUCCAAAGAUUGAAGAGGAGAAGUCUGAAGAAGAUGUUCAAACUCCAAACAUAGCAACCACAAUGGCUAUGCCAACAUCCAUUUAUCAGACGAGCACUGGGCAGUACAUUGCAAUAACCCAGGGAGGAGCAAUCCAGAUUGCCAAUCCAGGAUCUGAUGGUGUUCAGGGUCUCCAGACCCUAACCAUGACAAACUCAGGAACUUCGCAGCCUGGAGCUACAAUUCUUCAGUAUGCUGCUCAGGCAAGCGAUGGGCCUCAGCAGUUCUUUGUACCGGGAAGUCAAGUGGUUGUACAAGCUUCAGGUGAUAUGCCAGCUUACCAGAUUCGUACCCCAACUUCAAAUCUGCCCCAGGGAGUUGUAAUGGCAGCCUCACCUGGAUCAAUACACAGUCCACAGCAAGUUGCAGAGGAAGCAACACGGAAAAGGGAACUGAGGCUCUUGAAAAACAGAGAAGCUGCAAGGGAAUGUCGCAGAAAGAAGAAAGAAUACGUCAAAUGCCUUGAAAACCGAGUGGCUGUACUUGAAAACCAAAACAAGACACUUAUCGAGGAACUCAAAGCUUUAAAAGACCUUUACUGCCAUAAAACAGACUAGCCAAUAGUCAGACCCUGACAACAAAAGACUAAUACAAGUGUAAGAGGAAAGCGAAUACACAGACUGCAAUAAAGAUUGUUUGGGGCAGCAUUUUUUUCUUUUUACCACAUCGCUUUCUUUUUAUGCUUAUAUUUGAAAAUGAACUCUUGACUUAUAAUCAUCACUUUUACAGAAACAGUUUGCCACUUUGGUCUUUGGCUGGUUUGCUUUGAAGCAUAUAAUAUUUUUGCAUAGAUACUGCAUCAUUUGCUGACCCCUGCUAAUGCUCAUUGAUGAGUACCUGCCAAAAGAACAUCUUGUUGGAAAAAGAGGGAUGGCUGCGGAAAGUGGAAAGUAAGGAGUCUUAAGUGAAGUUUGAAAGACAUUUAUGAUGAGAUUCUGAAUUGUCUGCCUUUUUAUUAAUGAAACACUCUUUUUGUGAGUGGUAGAAAUAUGCUGUGUUCUUCUCACCUUUAAUUAUAUUACAUUCCUCAGAUCUUGCAGCGUACCUGUUUACCUUUUAAUUCCUGUAAGAAAAAAACAGAAAAGAUCAAUAAACGUGUACAAUAUGUGUGAAAAAGAACAUGCACAUUUCCUAAAAAUACUUAAAUGAAUAAAUGAAUAUUUUAUAUAUGUUACCAUGAAUAUUUACUAUUUUGUCAAAGUAUGAUAUACUGUUAUUCUUACUGUUAACACUGUUGUUAAGUAAUAUGAGUAAUACAUAUUCUUUAUAAAAAUUCAUUCUUAUAGUUUGAAAAAAAAAAUACUAACUUAAUUCAUACACGGUAGGUUACAAUUUACUUUUAAUGUAGUACAAUCAACUUGAAUCCUUGCACAAAAUAGGAAUAAUUUUCAGAUUCCUUACAGCUACUACCCCCUGGUGCGAUGCAGCGUGUUUGUACUUUUAAUUCAGCCUGUGAAAGCCUAAACAGUGAUUUGAUUUGAAAAAAUACGAGGCUUGAUUUUUGACUUGUAUAUUGUUUUUAUUAUAUGCCUGUUUAAAGCAAUAACAUUGUUUACUCUAUGUGUUUGCCUGUUCUGCAUUUGAUUUCCCAAACAGUUAUAUUGGGGCCAAGUCCCUGUGUGUUAUUAAGUGCUGCUGCUAUGCUGUGACCUCCAGACUCCACUCUUCUUUCUCAAGUGUUGAUUCAGCAGUAACAAUAAUCAAGUUAUUUAAUGUGUCGUUUAAUAAAUGAUUACUUUCUUA